AUGCCUCCUGAUGAGAGUCGCCUUGACAGGCUCGUCAAACAAUACCUCGACCCUAUCCUUGAUGAUGCCCAUACGAGUGCAGGACAACGGCAAUACCAUAGUCCUGGACCUGCAAUCGACGAGUCACUCUUCAGCGGACGCUUUAUGUUGGACAUCCGACAGGAGAAAGAUUAUGCAAAUGAAGAUAAAGAUGAAGAUAAAGCUGAAAUCGAAGAGCAGCAAAAGCAACUAAAGCAACAAAAGCAAGAGCGUCAUGAAGAGUAUUACCUAGAGCAGCAAGAUGUCAUUCCGCCACUCGGAAACCCCAUGCGCCGGGAAUCUGAAAAGUAUCGAGAGCCAGAGAGUCGUCUUGGGGUGACUCUAGACGGCAAGCUCAUACAUAUCGUCCAGUAUCUGAAAAUGGACGGAUGGAUGGCGCUGAAGUCCGUUGUCACGAGAAAUGAUAUUUCUGCUGACGUCAUUAGAGUUCCUUGGCUGAGAACUGAAUUGCAGUCAUGGCAAAGGAUUGCGGUGAUGAAGCUACUCGAUGCCUGCAAUUCUCCACUCCGGGGACUGAUUCUUGCAGAUGAAACGGGCCUUGGCAAAUCCCUGUCAGCUCUGGUGGCAGCGUUGCUCAAGCGAGAUGAGAUGCUUCCUCAAUGCGGCCCGGUGCUUGUUGUGACCCGCAUGAGCUGUUUGACCCAGUGGUAUGAGGAGACGAUCACUCAUUUCAACGAUGAAUAUCGCCCAAGAACUAUCAUUCUGGAUAACUCGAAUAUCUCAGUUCGACGCUUAUUGGAAUACGACGUUGUCAUAUACUCAAACUCUUUCCUCAAAAGGAGGUACCUUGAUCUGGAGAAACAGGAGCUAUUCAGCUCCGUGGUUCAUGGCUAUGAUAUCUACACUGCCCAGUCCAUUUUCCCGAAGCAUAAACGACAACGCAUAAGUCAACCAUUGCAUUCGGAUCUGUAUGCCGCACUAGACAAAAGGUUCCCAGUUCUGAUAUUCGACGAGGCUCACGAUGGAAGAAAUGAUGACUCUCAAUUAUAUUCGGCCAUUCGAUCUCUAGACUAUCAUCAUGCGUUCCUGCUCACUGCAACGCCGGCCUACAACUCCUGGAGUGACUUCGGUUCACUUGUAUCAUUCCUACCCGGAAGCCCAUUCCAGUCUGCAGCUCAUUUCAGAGAUGUCUUCGCUACGCCGCCCUUAGAACCAAGCGACGUUGGUCGAAUGGGUCCUAGAGGGCCAUUCCUGGAACUUUUUGUCAAUCUUGUCCAGGGAAUGACUCUGGGGCGACCAAAAUCCGUGCUAGGUCUCGGGAGGUUCAUGGAACACAAAAUUGAGAUGGAACCUUUUUCUCCGAGGUCUGUAGACCUUACCAUACUGGCCAUGACGACGCAGGGACGAAUCAAGAUCUGGGGGCUCAAAAGCCUGCCUGGAAAGCAUCCAUACCGGAAAGCUCAAGUCCAUAGUGGGCUUAUGUAUCUCAGCAGAGCGCAGCAUCUUGCAACCCACGAAUUUCUUAUCGGCUCCAAUGGCACUUGCGAGGAAGGGAAGCAUGCCAGAGCUGAGUCACUCUCUAAUGUACUCGGCCAGUUUCAACGUUUUCUGGACCGUAAGGCAAUUGUAAAACACAGGGAUACGGUGGCCUCGAGAUUUUUACCCGAUUUCUUUGCAGAGCAAGCCAUUUCUCAAAGUUUAUUGUUCAGUUUCCUGCAAUGGGCUGCUCAAUCCCUGUCCCAGAAUGACUCCAAUGUUGAUACCAUUGUGCAUAAAUGGACGUCUACAAUGUCGACACUCGAAUUUAUGGAGUUCACACUCCGGGAAGAUCCUUUUCGCGAUGCUAUAUCAAAGUACAUUAAGGACCGAUCAGGUCAGGUCGCUCAAGACUUAACUCUCACUCCAAAACUUCAACCUAUCGACAAUCUUUCCAAUGAAGAGUACGAAGAGUUCAAAGAAUCGAUGAGACUAUUGAGCUUCAGGAUCGAUAUACCAAGGAAUCUUUUAUUGAGUCAAAUGGAUAAUGACACUGAAAUGGGCGACCAUGACGGUGGUUCCGUCAGUCAGCAAUCUGAAGGCGAAGCCAUUGACGCCCCUAGAGUCACUCCCAGACCGACAACUCCAGAGUUAGAGGCCCUGCAACAAACCAUUUACAGCGACGCAAACUUCACUUACAUACAGGACCAAGAGGAUCUGGAUUAUGACCCUGACAAUGAACAUUUGACCAGAGAAACUAUAGUCGAGGAUGAGAGCGUUCGCGACGAUACAAGGAAACCCAGGCUACCUAACACCUCUGCCACGAAGAUGUGGAAGGAGCAUCUUCAAGCAAUGACAACUGAGGAACUAUUAUCACCCAAAGCAAGACGGGUGAUGGAUUUGGUUCAGAACUUGCGCCAGAGUCAUCCUCAAGAGAAGAUUGUAAUUGCAUCUGCAUCAGUCAAGUUCCUUGAUAUGCUCCACGAGUAUCUUACUCGAAAACUCCCUGAUAUCCAAACUGCGAGUUACAACGGAAACAUCAAGUCAGCGGAAGAGAGAAUGCGCAUUACUACAGAGUUUAAUCUCAACGGAGCAGGCCCUACUAUCCUUCUCCUCAGCGCCUCAUGUGGUGGCACUGGACUGAACCUUCACGGCGGCUCUCAUCUAAUAAUUACAGAGCAUUUCUGGGCGCCGGGACUGAGAGAUCAAGUCAUUGGACGCAUCUACAGGAUGCAGCAGACACGAAGCGUCCAUGUGUAUGAGAUUGACACUGGCACUGAGAUUGAUCUUUUGUUAAAGGAGUUGGUGGGCAUCAAGACGACCACAGGAGUGACUCCAGUGGAGCAGGCUUUUCGGCGUUCAGACCUUGCUGAUGCCGUUACCCCUCGCUUACCGACAGACCAUGAGCUCAGACUAGAGCUGCAGAGAUACGAUGAUCGCGAUCAUCUUCAUACCUUUUCAAAACGUGUGGGGAGGAAGAGAAAGAAGGUAUAUCGAUACACUUCGGAUGGCGAGAAGAAUCCAGAAUAUUCGAGCGACUCAGAGGAGUCAGAUAAGUCAGAUGACUGGGAUUAUGCUACAAAAGGGGGCCUCGGCAACUUUAUGAAUCAAUUCCCACCCGAUAAAGACGAUGACUCUGAGGAAGAAUAUGAGGACGAUGCGGACGAUGAGGAUGAUGAGAGUGACCCUGCAAAGACUGGGGAGACAUGGGAAGCAUUUAGGAGUGGUCUCACCGCGGCCGAAGAAAGAGCCAAGAGACGAGACAACUGGUUUCUAUCAGAGGAGCAAAAGAAACCUGCAAUGUAA